AUGCCAAGGUUAAGAGUGCCUUCCCUUAAAGUUCGACAGAAUGCAGAAAUUGUAAGCUCAUCAGGAACGAGUGGCACACCGAAGAGGGGACGAGGUGGACGUCGUAGAGGUUCAUCUUCGCGCAGAGGAGGAAGAAAGUCAAAGCCAAGAAGUGCACCAUGGGAAGAAGAAGAAGAGAUAGAGCAGAAUUACGGUUAUGAAAGUCGGUCGGAAGAAGAAGAAGAAGAGGAAGAAGAUGAGGAUUUCUUAGUCGCAGAAGUUGAACAACCUGAUGUGUCCGAACCAGAGUCAGACCAUGAAUCAGAUGACACUGGCGAACAUGUAAAAAUAGAUCCUGACUCAAGUGACAUUGUUUGUCCGUGGUUAGACGAUGAAGCGAACUAUCCUAUUCUCGAGUUGCCUGAGUCCAGUUCAGAUAUCCCGGUGCAUGCUGAUCUUAUAAUGGACAUGAUAGAAUUAUAUGAAAUAAUAAGGAGUUAUCAUCGAACGUUGCGACUGACGGCUUUCAGCUUUGAAGAUUUCUGUGCUGCCAUGAGCUCUUCUGAUAACUCUUGUCUGCUCUCAGAGAUCCAUAUGGCUCUUCUGAAAAUUUGCCUUAAAAGUGAUGACGAAGAUCAGAUUCACUACUCUGUUAAUGAUACGAACAAUGCAUUUAACAUUAUGGUUUACUGUAUGGAUUCCAUGACUUACGCUGAGAUUUUGCGACAAUACUUGGAAUCCGACAAAAAUCGAUUACGUGUACCUGUAGAAAUUCUAAAAGCUGUUAAUGAACCCAAUUAUCCCUUUGUUGAUAUUGCCAUACGUGUAGCUGUUAUUGCCUUCUUAUGUUAUCGUUUUUUGGAUUCUACAGAAUACAGGAAAGUUUUAAGUAAUGCCGGUCGUUUUGUAAAUGAUGAUGCUUGUCGUGUUUGUGGCAAAAGUGGUGUUGUACAAUGGUGUCAUAACUGUGAGGCAUCAUUCCAUAUUGCAUGUGUGGGAUUAACGGAAAAGCAGGAUGAAUACCAUUGCGAGCUUUGUAAAGUCAACUCAAUUCGUGGUGUGACAGAUGCUUUACCUUUUGAACACUUGAAAAGUAAACAGCCCCUAAGAAUGGAAUCUCUAGGAAGAGAUAGGCAUGGUCGAAUUUAUUGGUUCGUCGUUAGACGAUUAAUCAUCCAAGAUGAGAAUGAGAGUGAAUUGUUCUACUAUUCCACUUUACCCCAGUUAUAUGAGGUCUUCUCGAGAAUGGAUCCUCAUUUUCUUGAGUAUAAUUUAUGUAAAACUUUCUGUGAGCAAUUGCAAGAAAUUGCAGAACAGAUGUCUGUUACUCUUGAAUUAAGCAUAGAACGGUUUGAAAUUGUUUCUAAUAAAGAUAUUUAUAAAAAUAAUAACCUCACUUGUUAUCUUCAUUUGGACAAUGUUAAUAGAAUGAAACAUAUUUUGUUGAAUCUUUGGGAAGGCCCAAAGACUGUAAAAACUGAGCAAGUCGACGAGUUUGAAUAUCAGCCUCUCCCCGAUCGGCUUCUUCCCUUACUUGGUGUUGCAGAAAACCAUCUCACCAAUUCCUUCUGGAGCGGUUACUAUGCAGAACAUCAUGUUGUGAAACUAGAUGUCUCUCAAUUCCUUCAAUCAAAAGAUUAUUUCGUGAUGGGUGGAUGCAAGUAUGAUGACUUCUUCAGAAAAUAUCGAAAUCAUUAUAAUGGACAUGAUUUUGCUGAGAGCCCAGCGUUCCGAAAGAAGAUUCUGGACAAAAAGAAGUAUCUCUCGACCAGAUUCGCCAUAGUCGAUGAAGGGGAUGGGGUCUUCCAGUGGUCUAUUGCUCGUGGUCGGGAUAUGUAUGGAAAUGAUCGUCUACAAGCAAAGUACAUAGAAUGGACACUUGCUAGAAUGGCAAAGAAAAUCCCAGUCGAAAUGAUGCAUCAGCGCUGGGGAGAAGUGAGCGACCAGUUUCGAGUUUUGCUAUCUAAAGCGGAUAACUACGGCGAUCUAUCAAAAGCUUUGUUGAUGAUGGAAUGUUGUAUGAGGCGAACGCUGUUCCUUCCACAGUUUUGGAGUAGCCUGGGACACACUAGGUUAACUCGCACAACUGUAGACGAACGAGAUCAACAGUCUAAAGAGAUGCAACGAAAAAAGAAAGAAGACAGGGAUCUUACUAUGGGUGGAGAUGAUGAUGAUGAUUCUAUAAUCAGAGUGAAGUACACCAAAACAACCGCAAAGACCUGUCCCCAGAGCUUGUGGAGACAAAGAGAUGAAGUGUAUCGCGUUGCUGGCAGAGGUACUUUAGGUGGAUGGAUGUGGGUUUCUCGUGGUUUGAUGCGUGAUGUACGUCCCAUUCCGAAAUAUCGUGAGACUGAUGAUAUGGAUGAAUCGGAGAGAACUGUUUUGAAAGACAAAGUUGGUCGUCUGAGAAAGCUUAAUGACAGACUUCUGAAAUGGAGAGCUCACGAGGAAGCUGCUAGAGAAGCAAAAAACGUUUGUUAUUCUCCUAGUUGUCGUAUGGGACUCAUAACUGCUUCUGUUACUUGCGACAGUUUGGAUAUUUCGCAGCUGUGCUAUUCGAGCACUUGUCGUGCUACCUAUCUUCGUUAUCGUGAACUGCAUGCCGAAGAUUUCAAAGAUACUAACACAGUUGUACCUGCUAGAGCUUUUAAGAAAGCUGUGGUUCCAUGUGCUCCUGAGCAAACGCCCGAUUCUGAAUUCAAAUGGCCUUUAAUCAGACCUAACAAGUUCACAUAUAGGACCUCGAAGCGCAAAAGCGUUUUGAUAAUAGCGGACAACAUCAUGCGCAAAUUGGCCAAAUCUGGUGGUCGAAAGGCAAUGUAUAUUCCUAAUUUCUCACUAUCAGCUAAGAGUAACAUGACCUUAUGGAACUAUCCCUGUUCCAGACCAUGCUUCGACUUAUGCUGGAGAUAUCUUGUUACCAAUGCCCGAUCAUUACAAGCUAUCGCCCUGCAAUUGAAGAUUCUCUGGUUCUGUGUUAAAUGGCUCGAGUUCGAUCCAGGAGAGGAAGAAACAGAUGCUGGCAGGCUGAUCGUACAUCAAAUGGAUCGAGAUGAUAUAAGAGUAAUAGUCGAUCAUCAAGAACUUGCUCCUCAUGGAACAUAUGAGCGCUAUUUGCUUGAAAUUGAGGCUUUAAUGUUAGAGGAUGAUCUUCGGGAUGAUGACGAUGAUUACAAUGAUAGAGCAGAUAGACGUGUCAGUCGAGGUUCUGCUUCUCGUCCUAAAAGAUCAAAUACUCGUGUGGCAGUCAGGAAAGUUAAAGAGACUACAAAGCAAUGGAUAGAUGGUGUUGAACUCAAAGUGUUUGAAAUCAGGAAAUAUUGGGAAAGAAAGAUUAAGGAGAGUCUCGAAAAACAAGAACAAGAAGAAAGAGUUGUUUUGGCGAAGGAGAAAAUUGUUCAGCACAAGGCUAAGAACGCUGUUCAUACUCCACGAAUGAAUGUUGGAAUGAGAAGCCCAAUGUUCACUCCCGGAAAUCCUCAUAUGAAACCAAUGGUUCGUCCGUAUCCUGGAUCAAAUGAACGAUGGAAAAGAGUUCACACGUCGCAAGCUCAAGAUUAUGCUUAUGAUGAACAUGAUCAGAACAUUGAUGAUGAUAUGAGGCCUUCUCUUGCAAAGAGAGCGAGAAUAGUUUUCACCACUCAAGAUUCUCCUGGAAGCCCGAAUAGAAGAAUUGCUAAUGGGUACGAGUAUAACGGAGGCAUGAUAAUCGGAGGUGGUAGAAUGAUUGGACAGCCGGUUGGGGACGGCAUGAGGAGGGUAACCAUGUCCAAUGGUAACACUCCGCAAAUCGGCGCUGAAGAAGUUGUCACAAACUCUGGUCAGAGGGUUUUGAGAGCUGCUGGCGGAGUUGAUGCUCCACCUAGUAUAGAACGUUUUGAUAGUCCUGCAAGUGGGUACAGUUCAAACGUUUCUCGAGCUCAGCCUCGCCAAGUGGUGUAUUCGCAACAAGCCAUUCAGCGACAAACUCAGAAAGGGAAAGUUUUGAUGAUAAGGCGUUCUGAUGGAUCAACACAGUUUCUAAGACCUGUGAACACCAACGAUGGAGAUUCUGCUUCUACAUCUGGUGGUCCAGUUAUUAGAGCAGUUGUAAAUCAAACAAAUCCAUCAACUUCAUCUGAGCAAAAUGCAAAUACACCUGGUUCAGUUCAAAGAAGAAUCAUAACUACCGCGCGAACAAGCAUGGUUAGACCUGUAGACGGGGCGGCGAAAGUAUUACGUAUUGGCCAGAACGGUCAGCAAGUUAUGACAGCGAAACCACGGAUGGUAUCUCGACUCGAGGCUGGAGACGAUCAAUACGUUAAAAGAGUUGCACUUGAACAAAAACCAGCGAUUGGGAGCCCAGGUGGAAUGCCUGUUCAAUCCAAUGUUCAACUGGUCCGUCGAGUCAAUAGGCCUGUGCCUAUUAGAACAGAUCAGGGUUAUUACGGUGAAAAUGCCUCUGUCGAUGAGUAUACUCAAAUGGCUGAUCAAGGUAUCAGACCUCCAGGUAGACCGCCAGCUCGAGUUACUCAAGCUUACGGUUAUGGUCGUUCUGUACAAAGAAUAAUCUCCCGUAAUGGGUCGGGUGUUCCUGUUGGUCAAGUUAUGGCGGUGAGUUCAAGUUCAACUAAUGAAGAUGAUUUUGCAAGUUAUGAAGAAGGAUAUAUGGUUGAUGGAAAUUAUAAUGAUUUUCCAGCCAUGGAGCAAUAG